AGAUUCUGGUUCUUCAAUGUACAUUGAAAGCACCAUUAAAGGUUAAAAACAAUGGCCGACAGCUAGGUUUUGCGCAUUAGUUUAUAUAUGCGGGACAGCUGUAAAUGAUGGCCUCAUUUGGCUGGAAGAGGAAGAUUGGCGAGAAGGUGUCAAAGUCUGUGGUCCAGCAGUUUGAGACUGAGGACGAGCGAACGGAAGGUGAUGGUGAGGCGGGUCAGGAUGAAGAGGUGGACUGGCUGCACGCCAUCAAGCGGAAGAGGGAGAUCCUGCUGGAGGACUGUGCCGCAAAGAGCAAGAGGCUGAAAGAGGAGGGGACCCUGUUGGCUGAGGAGGGCAGGCACUGGGAGGCCAUUAAGAAGUGGGAUGAGGCUAUUCAGCUGACUCCAGACAGCUCUCCGCUGUACGAAAUGAAGUCUCAGGUGCUGACCAUUCUGCAUGAAGUGUUUCCUGCUGUGAAGGCAGCAGAGAUGGCCGUGAAGUUCAGGCCGCUGUGGUGGGAGGGCUGGCAGACUCUGGGCCGGGCACAGCUCAACCUGGGAGAGGUGGACCUGGCUGUGAGGUCUUUCCAGAUCGCCAUCCACCUGUGUCCCUCCGAGCGCAGCCUUUGGCAGGACGACCUGAAAUGGGCUUGGACCUUACAGAAGCAGCAGCUGGCCACCAAGGAGAAGAUCAGACAGGAGGAGGAGACCAGAAAGCAGAUCCUAAAUGCCCCCGAGCUGGAGCAGGACUACGACUUUGAGUCCGAUGAAGUGCUAGCAGCCUGCGUGGCGGUCGCUGACAGGCAGACGCAGUACGAGGAGCUGCGGAGGACCACGGUGGUGAUAGACGCUGAGGGGAACGUACAAAACGUCGUGAGCGGGGAAGAGGGAUCGCGGGGUACGGACACGCCAGCAAGCGAGCAGUUUGUUAAAGCGAGAGGACUCUGAACUGCUCUCACAUUGAACUGAUUAUCCCGUGCAAAGCGUAAAUUUAAUAUUAGACACAAAGAUCACAGAAGACCUAGUUGUUGCAACUCUUUAUAUUUAACUAUCCCACCUCUUUACCAUCAAUUAUAGUUAAACGUGAACGUUAAGUUUUUAUAUCUGUUGUGACUCACGGGGCUGGAAACGAACGUGGAAAGAUCAGCCUGGGAGUCGCGUUCCAGUCAGUGAAAGUCGGUUCAGUGUUCAGCUAGAGGCCACUGCUCCCAUUCAUGCAGAAUGGAUCCAGAUGCUCAAGUAUUCGGUGCCUUGGUAAAGUUUUCAUACCCCUUAAAGCAUCUCACAAUUUGUCACAUUAUUACAACAGACCUGUUAAUGUAUUUGAUAUGGCGGACCAGAACAGAGCAUCAGCAGAAGGAAAUUUAUCUGUUUUUCAAUGUUUCUACGAUUAAAAAUGUGAAACGCAUGGCAUGCAUUUACAUUCAGCUUACCUUGCUGCCAAUCUUUUAGGCUGUAGGUCUACCAGAUUUGAGCUUAUGAUCUUGUUUUUUUCAGGGUUGGAGAUCCCUGGUAGAGAAACGGAUGUUCCUUUGACAGAUUACCCCACCUUACUUUUGAAUCUCUGCUGCUCCUCCAGAGUUACCAAAGGUCUCAUCUGCUUCUCUGUGAUUAUAGUUCUCCUUUCCCAGCCUGUCAGCUCAUAUCAUGUUAGCUUAAACAGUAAAGCGUUCAAACCUUGAGAUUUUUUUAUAAUAAACCAACUUCAGUUAUAUUUGUUACGUUCCUUGGUCAUCGUGAUGUUUUGGGGUCACUAGAGUAUUUUCCUAGUACGGCUAGACUGUAUCACGUAGAGAAGGCCUAAAGGCAAAUGGUUGCACUGAAGUUCACAUUCUUAUCUGUGCAAGUAAUUUGAAACCUUGUACUGUUUUCCUUCCACUUCCAUAUCACAUAAAAUUCCAGAAAAAUACGUUGAAGUUUCUGGUUUUAAUGUGACAAAAUGUGUAAAUGUUCAGUGGGUAUAAUUACCUUCGUGAGGCGCUGCAGUUAUAAAAGACAACCAGUUUGUUUUAUUUUGAAAUUGGUUAUUAUUGUGGUGUGUUUCGUUACUUCGACGUGUUUUAUCUACUUUCACACACAGUAAAAGUUUUUUUUGUGUUUUUUUUUUACUAAUCUGAACGCAAACAGAAAUACUUUUCUGUAUGAAACUGUCAGCUUUUUGAUGUGUGCUUCUAAAUGGAAAUGUGUUGUCAUUGUGAGCACAUGCUAGGCUGUUCCUUUCUGUUCCAAGUGUCAAGUGAACAAAUUAAGUUUUAACAUUAAACCAAUCCUUUAAUAUUUUAAGAGGUUUUGUAGUUUUUCUUUCACAGCUUUGUACAGUUUCUACAAAAUGUAAUUUACCCUUUCAUUGCUUUUCCCUAUCAAUCAUAAUAAAACAAAUAGAUUUCUACCAAAUGACAACAGAUACGUAACACAAAUAUGUGAUUGAAUACAUAGUCACUUCCUUUAAAGUGAAUGACCUAAUUCAACAGAGGCCCAGCCAACUGGUGCUAGCAGUGGUAAGUCGGGGUGAAACUGAGCAACGAGGGAGCGACGGCUUUGGAGAACAUUUAUUUUCCAGCAAGACGGCGACCCAACGCAUCCAGCUAAAGCUACACAGAAGACAAUAAGAUGGACAUUCUGGAGUGGCCUAAGCCCAGAUCUCAAAUUGAAAGAAAAGUUGCUGUAGAACUUGAAAAGGUUCUGCAACAAUGUUUUUUUUUUUUGUCAAAAAAAUAAAAACUUCAACAAAUGUUGUUAAUCUUGAUUGAUUCGCAAAAAACAACAAACGGUAAAACAUCCAAGUUCUUUCAUCAAAUCUGGAUUUGGAAAACGCAGUGAUGUGUAAACAUAAAUAUGAUGAAUUAAGAUUGGAAAACUAAUUCUUUUUUUUUAUGACAAAUAAUACAGCACACACCCAAAAAAAAAAAAAAAUCUUCAAAGUUUUGCUCCACAGUUUGGGUUCAGGUCAUGUCAAAAACUGGGGCUCAGAAAGGGAAAAAAAGUCGACUAACAGCUCAAUAUUCACUGACACGAUCUUGAUCAUAACUCAGUUUGAAGACAUACCUACAGCGUGUGUGUUUGCUGACUUACGUGGUUGUCAGACUAAUCCAAAACGCGUCCCACAGGGCCGAGGUCAACUGAAAGAAGACGCCACAUGGCCGAUAACAGGUUCGUUUUUUUUCUCCGUGUUGUUUUUGCCGAGCACAGAUGUUAAGGUCUGAGUCAGCCAGUCGAGCAUUUAAAGGCGUAGUGUGAUAGAUAUCCCUGUUGAUUAAUGGUAAUAAACUCCUCUCCUGCUCCUCUUUGCGGUGAUUUCACUCUCCCAUCUGAUAAUGAGCAUAAAUAAUUCAAGUCGUUUUCAGUGCUCUUCAGAUGGGACUCGUUUUACUUUCUGCUCGUCUUUUGGGGGGCGUUUAGCAGUGGCUCGGCUUUUUCAGACUUUUUUCACGCAAAUGAGACGGGAGGCUUUCUGGACGGUUGACACCCAAGGAUGUUUCAUCAAACCGACAAGUCAGCUGAUGGGCAGUUUGGCAUUUCACGCAAAACGGAUCAGCCUAUUGACCGUUUUGAAGCUUUUUGUCUCCCCUUUUCAGAGUGAAAAACAUGCUAGAUUUCAAAUGAUACUUUACAGGGUUUGUAGAUGUGAUGUUUUGCAAUAUAGAACCUUGCUUUGUUUUUGUGAUGUUAGAAAGUGAAGGAAGUCUCAAGUAUUCAGACAUUUGAGCUAUUCGCAGGCGGCCGUGAUCCCUGACCCCUGUGAACAGCUGGGGGCCACUGUAUGAUGCAUGUCGAUUACAAGUCAACAAAAAGCAUUACAUUUUGUCAAAUGCCAUCAUCAAAAUCAUCAAGUGAAUAAAGCAGUAAAUUCCGGUUAUUGUGAAUCAAAGGAGGCCUUGUAGCCCUGAUUUAAAGGAACUCAGGGUUCUGGCUUUUUUGCAGUUUUCCAGAAGUUUGUUCCAGAUUGGUGGAACAUAAAAACGGAAUGCUUUGUGGUUCUCUGAGCUACAGGGAGGCAGUGUAAAUAUUUUAGUAAUGGGUUGAUGUGCUCUAUCUUCCUAGUUUCAGUGAGAACGUAAGCAGCAGCACCUGGAGGAUUGAUUUUUUAUUUAGGCAGACCUGUGAAGAUACUGUUGCAGGAAUCAAUACACCUAAAGACAAACGUAUUUGUGAGUUUCUCUACGUUUUGCUGGGGCAUUAGUCCUUUAACCCCGCAAAUGUUCUCCAGGUAAUAAAAGGCCGUCUUUGUAAUUGUCUUUAUGUGUCACUAGAUGUGCAGAUUUUGUUAGCUGAACCACAGAACUAUCCUUUAAUUUAGCUCCAGCUAACUCGGACUAGCUUCCCUCUCCCCGCUGUGCAGAAACAACCCCACAGCAUGAUACUCCCACUACUGUGUCUCACAGUAUCAAUGGUGAGUUUAAUCUUCCUUCACUUACAGUCUUUUGCAUGCAGGUCAGAAAUGGUGUCAUCCAACCCAAACGCAUUCUUCCUCAGAUUUGCCGUGCCCACCUGUGUUUCUAAACUAGGUUCAGUCUAUGAUGGCUCCCUUCUUUCCAUUCUUCUUUGCUGUGGAUGACCUGAACCCGUACGUUUGCUUGGAUUGACAGAAUUACUGCGAAAGCACAACAAACAGACAGAAGUGGGAGUUUCUUUUACGCUGAGACCGGAUCCAUAGCUGUUGUAGCAAAUUCCCAAUGAUAUAAAGAAUAAAUUAUAACGUGAAAGGGAGUAAAAAAAGAAAUCACCAAAAAUAUCUUUGUCGUAAAAUUACUCCUAAUUAUGUUGUAGGUGCAGCUGUUAUUUUAAGAUCUUGCAGUGAAAUAAGUGGCGCCGAGCUGCAUGUAAUACCGAUGUGUCAUCUAUAUUCGUGGUCUGCAUAUGUCUCUGUGUGCAGAUGUGUGUUCAUGUGUAAGAAUGUCCUAGUUCAAAUGUGUGAGUGGAUGUCUCGAGAGCGCUAAAAUGAUUUGAGCUGCUUGCUAGUGAAGCUUUCAGGAUGCAGACAGUCUGUGGUGGAAGACGGUACAGACUUCCUACGUGAUCUGGAAAAAUCUGGUGUUGAAGUCUCUUCCAGUUUGGAAAAAUAUUUGUCUUUCCAGACUUUGUUCCCCUGCUCCAUUGUCUAGAUGGUGUUUUCUUCUUUUUCUUGCUUCCUUCCUGUCUUUCCUUCUUGUACAUAUUAUUCCUUGUCACGCCUUUAUCUUCUGUCUUGUAACAUCCCUUUCUUUCAUACAAUGCAUCUAUGCUUAAUUUUGUCUUUCCUUUGAUGUCUUGUAAUCCAAUUUCAAUUGCCUUGUGUAAGAACGGUGUUAAAUAAACCAACUUGUUGUGUCUUGCUUUC